GCGAUGAAACAUCACUUUCACGUGAAACAUUCUCUUUUCUUUUUUUAUUUUGUUGGCUGCGGCUGCAUUUGAUUUUCUCCGCAUUUUCCCGUGAAAAUAUCAGCACAAACAAUGGCAUUUGGUGAUGUGAAGACACCUAAGGGUCUGGGGGAGCUCAACAAGCACCUGGCUGCCAAUAGCUACAUCGAGGGGUACACCCCGUCGAAGGCUGAUUUGUCGGUGUUUGAGGCUGUUGGGAAGAAUCCAGGAGAGAAGUUUGUUCACGUUCAGCGCUGGUAUCGUCACAUUGAGUCCUUCACAUCAGCUGAACGCUCCAAAUGGACGGGACAGGCUGUCCCACAGGUUUCCGGAGCAAAGCCCACAGUGGCAGCUACCAAGCCUGCUGAUGAUGACGAUGAUGUGGAUCUCUUUGGAUCCGACGAGGAAGAAGAUGCCGAAGCUGAGCGCCUCAGGGAGGAGCGUGUAAAGGCAUACUCUGAGAAGAAAGCCAAGAAACCAGCUCUCAUUGCUAAGAGUUCAGUUCUGUUGGAUGUGAAGCCCUGGGAUGAUGAGACGGAUAUGGCUAAGAUGGAGGAGCUCGUACGUACAGUUCAAAUGGAUGGACUCCUCUGGGGUGCCUCGAAACUCGUCCCCCUUGCCUAUGGGAUCAAAAAGUUGCAAAUUAUGUGUGUCAUUGAGGAUGAGAAGAUCUCCGUGGAUCUCCUGGGUGAGAAAAUUCAAGAAUUCGAGGACUACGUACAGUCCGUGGAUGUUGCCGCCUUCAACAAAAUCUAAAAACAAUCUGCUUAAAAUGUUUACCGGUUGAGCUCAUUAAAGAGAUUCUUCGUGGAUUCAAAAAAAA